GUAUGACGGCUGCGUGGUUGUUGUGUACAGUUUGUCUCUGAGCAGCGGGGAACAGCGUGUGACUUUAUGAAAGAAAGCGCCCAGAAUAAAGCUCCUCGUCAUGAGACCGUGACAUAGGCUCAUUCUUUGGCCGUUAUGAGUGGCGUGGUGCUCGGAGUUGUGGUGGUUGUAGUUUUCUUCUUGGCUCUGUUCCUCCUGCACAGAUAUGGAGACCUGAGGAGGCAGCAGCGGCUCGUGCUCGUCGGGACUCUGCUGGCCUGGUACCUCUGCUUCCUCAUCGUGUUCAUCCUCCCGUUUGAUGUCAGCACGACCAUCUAUAAACAAUGCCUCAUCGACAAUGUAGCUGCAAGUGAACCCAAAGUGUGUGAGCAGCCAUGGAGUUACAUCCCUGACGGCAUUCUGCCCGUGUUCUGGAGAGUCGUGUACUGGACCUCACAGUUUCUCACAUGGCUCUUGUUGCCGUUCAUGCAGUCGUACGCUCGGUCCGGAGCUUUCUCCAGAACUGGGAAAAUAAAAACGGCUCUAAUCGAGAACGGCAUCUACUACGGGACCUACCUCCUGGUCUUUGUUUCUCUGCUCGUUUAUGUGGUCAUUCAUCUCAAGUGGAAAUUCACUUUCCGGGAGCUCCAGACGGUUUGCAUCACGGCGGCGAACACGUGGGGGCUGUUCCUCCUCGUGCUGCUGUUGGGCUACGGGCUGGUGGAGAUCCCGCGCUCCUAUUGGCUCUCGUCAAACCCCGCCUACCUCCUCAACAAGACCUACUUUAAAGUGGCUAAGAUGGCGACGGAGAAGGCCGCCGCAGAGGAGGAUCUGGCCGAUGUCAUGGACGAGGUGUCCAGUGUGAAUCAGUCUGUGAGCAGCAGCAGUCCUCUGAGGAAACGUGUGGACACCAUUUUAUCAAAGUGUCCUGCUGUGUACCAGGAGCAGAUGAAUAGUGAAAACGAUGGUUCUCCUGUUUCACACGUCGUUCCGAGCAUUGGAGCGCUCGUCACUCUUCAUAAAAAGGUGAUCCGUUGUGUCCAGAGGAGCACUCGUGUCCAGGUUCAGUGGCCCAUCCUGUUAAACCGUGCGUUUCAUUUAGAGGACGUGUCUAAGAGUAAAGCGUCUGUGGUGAGAUACUUCAUGCACAGCUUUGACUCAGACCGACCUCGGGGGUGGAUACAAAAGCUGCUCUGUACGCCCUCUGUUGAGUGGUACUGGGAGUGCGUCCUGAAGCAGUUUUUCUUUAAGCUUCUGGCCGUCCUCCUGUGUCUCCUGUCUGUGACCGUGGUCUGGUCCGAGUGCACGUUCUUCAGCACCAAACCAGUGCUCUCCCUCCUCGCCGUCUUUGUCCAAACUGCAGAAAUCUAUUACAACUACAUCUGUAUUGAGAUGGUGUGCUUCGUGGGCAUCCUCUUCCUCUGCGUCUGCGUCUACUCCACCGUCUUCAGCAUCAGAUUCUUUAACUACUAUUACCUCGUCCCACAUCAUCAGACCGACUCCUACAGCCUGCAGUUCAGUGGCAUGUUGUUUUGCCGUUUGACGCCUCCGUUGUGCCUUAACUUCCUGGGUCUCAUUCACAUGGACUCAACAGUUUCACACCUGAACAGGAUACAGACGUCCUACACAUCUAUCAUGGGUUCGCUGAGUCUGCUGUCGUUCAUUUCUCAUGGUUUCUACAUUUACUACCCCAUGCUCAUUCUGCUGCUCUGCUUUGCCACUUAUUACAACCUCGGCUCUCGAUGUUUGAACCUCCUGGGCUUCCAUCAGUACAUUACAGAUGAUGAAAUUACAUCUGAUCUCGUGGAUGAAGGAAAAGACCUCAUACGACGAGAGAGAAGAAAAAAGCAGAAAAUGGAGGACGACAGUCGUGGAGCGACGUGGAGGGAGCGAUCUGCAGACGACAGAAACGGAAACUCUGCAGCUGCAAAGAUUAAAAAUACUGUUGUUCAGUUCACAAAGAGAGAUCCGUUUUUAGAAGAGCAGUCUGUGGGUUUAUUACAGGAUCACAUCGAGGAUUCACCAAACACCAGAACGUCACCAGGAGGUUACCGGUCCAUUUCCCAUUCCAGAGUCAACAUCUUUGACGAUUCUUAACUGGAUUUAAACUGAACACCUGGUUUUUGUUUUAAAAUGGACCUGGAGUUUACAUGGAAACAAAACAGAACAUGGAUUUAAUGUUUGGUCUGAGCCGAUUAACCCUGAAUUUCUGUGGAUGUUGCCAAAACAUUUAUAGAACAAUGUUUAUAUAAAUCAUGUUAUUGAAAAGGUUAAAUUAUAAACAUAAAAUAUUCUUAAUGAUCUAUUACUGCAGAUGUUUUAGUCUGGGCCCUCGUCGUCUGUGGAGUCUCAGUCAAACCUGAUCGUCCAAUCAGAGCCGUUUAUUUCAGUCACUCAUGAAACGAAGGAGCUCAUUGGUCGUCUGUGAUUUAUUUAAUUCAAUAUUAUUAUUAAUACAGCACUUAAAAAAAAACAAAAAACAAAGAGCUGAACAAAACAAAAAAGUCACAAAAUAAAACACAGUAACAUUUCACUUCAGACUCUGUGUGUCCAGACUCUGUGUGUCCAGACUGUGUGUCCAGACUCAGUGUCCAGACUGUGUGUCCAGACUCUGAGUCCAGACUCUGUGUGUCCAGACUCCUCUGAGUCCAGACUCUGUGUGUCCAGACUGUGUGUCCAGACUCUGUGUCCAGACUCUGUGUGUCCAGACUGUGUGUCCAGACUCCUCUGAGUCCAGACUCUGUGUGUCCAGACUGUGUGUCCAGACUCUGUGUCCAGACUCUGUGUGUCCAGACUGUGUGUCCAGACUCCUCUGUGUCCAGACUGUGUGUUAAGUCUGGACGUUUUCUGUGUCUCAGGCGACACAUCAGUGAUUUAAUAAAAUUAACAAAAAAAACUUUCUUUCUCAUUAAAUGUGAUACUUUUGUAAGUUUUUGUAAAUUUUUGUGAUUCUUUGUUUUGCCUUAACGACGAAUGAGACAAAAAACAAACACAAAUAUUUGAUCCAGAGUCGUUCAGAUUUUUAACGAUUUAAUUAAAUUUUUGGUCCAGACUCAGUGAAUCAACCUGGAAAUAUUUGUACAUAAAGUUAAAAAGGAAUCAUGUAAAUAUCAUUCAAAUGUGACCGAUGUGUGUUUAUGUGUGUUUAUGUGUUUGUGUGUGUGUUUAUGUGUGUUUAUGUGUUUGUGUGUGUGUUUGUGUGUCUGUGUGUGUUGGUGUGUGUGCGUCUGUGUGUGUUUGUUUACACUGUUUUCAGAUUGUGCCUAAACUUCAUUUAUUGUCGACAUUUUGACUUGUUCUUUGUCUUUAUAAAUAAUUUAUUAAAAUGCAGAAUCAUUUC